GUAUAUUUACAGGUUCAAAGGAGUGGGUAGACGAAUGAACAUAUUUUUAUACUCACCCCUACAUCUGUAACAUCAUCCAAUAAAUUGCUAUUCAUGUUAAAUAAUUAGCUUGCCACUACUUUCCUGUUUGAAAAGGAGUAGGAAGAAGUGAAUGCUUGUAUAACCCUAUCCCUUUCUGGUAUUUAGUUAAAAGAUGUAAUUUUGAUAAUAUUUAUAUGGCUUAGUCUAAUUUAAUGUCAGACCAUGAGAAAAUACGUUAACUGUGACUCAGAUAAGACAGAAAACAGAUGUUCUGCGCAUGGUAAAUUAAUUGUGCCCUAUGUUAACUUGUUAGCCAUAAAUACAUUAGGAACAAUGCAAAAAUAUAUAAACAUGGAUGACAUGAAGGAGAUCUAUAUUAGUUGACCUGUGGUGGGGGCUGGAAGUAAUAAAAUCCUAAUUUUUUAAAUCUACAGCUGUAGUCUACAUAAAACACAUUUUUUUAUUUGUUUGUAAAUUAUAACAGAUUUGGAACAUUACAGAACAUUACCCUUCUUAAGAUUAAAGAACGUUAUCAUGGGUCUUUCUAACCUGAACUUCAGAAUACAAACCACUAGGUGGCACUCUGGUGCCAAUAUAGAGUGAUGGUACGUAGAAUAGCGCCUACCGUUGGAAUCGACGCAGGUUGCGGUUUAAACCUAUAACAGUUCGUUUAUCUCCAUAGAAACCAGAGGGGGAAUCGGCGAACGAAUACGUUGCUGGGUGCCAACCGGGCCCUCUCGUUGUGGCUACACUUUGCUCCUACAAGUCUGUUCUAGGUGCUGUAGCUCUGUGGGCGCCUUCCUAUCGGAUGCACUGUGUAAUUAUCAACCCCACGCAGCUCCUUCACUCAGCAGCUGCUCGUUCACGGAAACUGCAGGCGUACGUCGUCCGAGGCGUCUUUUUGUAGUUUGAAGGGCAUGUCACCAGGCUGCAGUUGUAGCCUAUGUAUGUCCUCGGUUAGACACACGGCUUUGGGAGAUGUAGCCUGCCUGGUGAUAAACCUGUGGUCAGCAUCGCUUUAAGCCCACCUACCUGCCUGCGCCUCCUCUCCACCAAUCCACCGACUGAGGAAGGAAAGGAGGAAGGAAAGGAGGAGAGUGAAGAGAUGCCGAUGGUGACUCGGAGGUGGCAGCACAGGAAAGUUCACUGUGUUUCUUUGUAACAGGGAGUGAGUCUUAUAAAUUUUCCACCAAGACCUCGGACUGAACGACCCGUUCCUACAACACAGGGUGUACCCAGCAGAACUGCCGCGGACCUUCGCACAGAAGAACCCGAACAGAAAUGGACCAAAAGACCUUGGGGCAAAUCAAAAGACUAAAAAAGGGGCCAAGAAGCGGAGCAAAGGCUUCAGCCCCAGCUUCAGCUCCAGCUCAAACUGCAGAUACAGAUGGAGCCAACAAUCCCACCACCAGUCAGACUCCCGUUCCUUCCAGGCCUCCGCGGCCCCAGAGAUGUCCCAGGAUUGAGGGAUCUGUAGAUAUUUCUGAACCCACAUUUGAGCCCAAAGCCAAACCCAGAGUUGAACCCAAAACCGAACCCGCUCCACAAACUAACCAGAAUGAGACUAUUCCUGACGGCAGUGUGGUAAGCCAGCCCAAACCCUCUACCCAGACCGUUGCUGACUGCACCGGGCCGAGUGUCAAGGCAGGUCCUAAAGGUCCGGUCAGAGCUGCAUCCGUGCCCCAACCACCUCCCAGCAGACCUGUGCCCUCUCACCUGAACCCGCAUGCGCAGAGAGCCCUGUCCUUGGCGGGCACCGCUGACACCCUGCCUCAGAUUCAGGAUGAGUUCAGGGUGCACAUCAUCACCUGGAACGUGGGUUCUGCCACGCCACCUGAUGACAUCACCACUCUGCUUGGACUGAACGUGGGAGACGGAAACACAGACAUGUACAUCAUAGGGCUGCAGGAGGUGAACUCCAUGAUUAACAAAAGGCUGAAAGAUGUCCUCUUCACAGACCAGUGGAGCGAGGUCUGCAUGGAGAGACUGAGCCCCUUUGGUUAUGUGCUGGUAACAUCCGAGCGAAUGCAGGGCCUGAUACUGCUGGUCUUUGCCAAAUACUUCCAUCUGCCUUUCAUCCGUGGAGUCCAGACAGAGACCACCCGCACAGGACUGGGGGGUUAUUGGGGGAAUAAAGGCGGCAUUAGCGCCCGCAUGACCGUGUUUGGCCACAGCGUCUGCUUCCUCAACUGCCACCUGCCUGCUCACAUAGAAAACCAUGAAGACCGUAUGUACGACUUUGAGAGCAUCUUGCAGCAGCAGCAGUUUGAGGGCCCGGCGGCCACUGGUGUUCUGGAUCACGAUCUUGUGUUCUGGUUUGGGGAUCUUAAUUUCCGCAUUGAAAAAAUGGAUAUCCAAGCUGUGAAAUCAGCGAUCGAGAACAACAAGUACUCCAUGUUGUGGGAGAAGGAUCAGCUAAACAUGACCAAAGACAGUGAGACAGUGUUGGAGGGAUUCCAGGAGGGGCCACUGAAAUUUCCUCCCACCUACAAGUUUGACGUUGGAACAAACACGUACGAUACAAGUGGGAAGAAGCGUACACCAGCUUGGACUGACCGGAUCUUGUGGCGCCUGAGGGUCACGGCACCAGCUGCUCAGAAAGUGGCGAAGCGUGUUUCGGCUUCGGGGUUGACCAACGGGAUCAAAGUGACGCAGCACUUCUACCGAAGCCACAUGGAGUACUUAGUCAGCGACCACAAGCCGGUGUCGUCCAUCUUUACCCUGGAGUUUCCAUACAGGGUGGACAUUCCUCUGGUCACUCUCAUAGUGGAGGAUGAGUGGAAGGAUUACGAAGAAGCAAAGGUGAUAUUCAAACUGAUGCCCAACUAUUCUCGAAGUGCUUGGGACUGGAUUGGAUUGUACAAGGUGGGUUUCAAGCACCAUAAAGAUUACGUGGGAUACAUGUGGGCUAGGCAGGAGGGGGCAAAUAUUUACAGCCAGGAACAUGAGUUAACCUUUACAGAGGAGGAAUUACCCAAAUUCUCAGGAGAUUUUAUCUUGGGUUACUAUAGCAACAACAUGAGCACCAUUGUGGGUGUAACAGAGCCAUUUCAGAUCCAGCUGCCCACUGAGGCCGAAUCAGGCAGCUCUUCAGACAGCUCUGACGUCAGCUCAGAAAAUGACAGCACUGUUGUCAUGAAGUUGAUGACCCGCAGUCCAACUUUACGGCGCAAACACCGCAGUCGCAGCCGCAGCCGCAGGGAAAGCCGGAGCCGCAGCCGUAGUUUUAGCGGCAGUCGUUCAGGGAGUAUCGCUGGCAACCUUUUGAGCAGCCUCUCUAGCAACCUUUUCAGCAACGUUCCUAGCAGCCGCCCUAGCAGCCGCCCUGGCAGCCGCUCUGGCAGCCCCGCCGGCAGCCCCGCCGGCAGCCCUUCCAGCAGCCGCCCCAGCACCCCUACAGAGCUCAGGGUGAUGGAGCUCAGUCUCACUGAUGGCACCGCUGCAGGGAGCAAGAAUACGACACGCCCAGUAGAGGGCAGCCAGAGUCAAGGGGCAACAGACAAAAACAAGGAGUGUUCAGGAAUGUGAUGCAACAAAAGCCCGGCUGUUUUUACAGGUUACAUAACCAACUGUUGUGUCUUUAUUUCAUACAUUCACUGCUCUGUAUGUUUUCUGUGAGGAAAAUAUACAGUUUAUAAUGCCAUCCUUUUCAGAAAUAGUCAUCUGGUUGGUUAAAAUGUUUCUACUUGCCAUUGAGUUGUGCACUUGGCAUAUUGUUUUUUUGUUGGUUUGUUUGUUUUUUGUAUAUCUUUCACUCUGUCCGAUGUUUUCUCUACCUUUGUCCGUUCUCAGGUGUGGACAGUACAGGGAGCUGACAACUUGCAUUUAGAUUUUCUCACAGAUUCAGUUAUAAAGUGACACACACUCCAUCAUCACUUUUCACAACAAUAUUUGAUCUGCCAAGUCGUUGGGUCAGAAUAGUUCAAAUCAAUAACAGAAAUAGAUUUUUAAAAAAGUUAUUUAAUUAUUAUGUAGUAAUUUGACCUUAAGUCCUGAAUCAAAUCUAACUUGUUAGUAGUGCAUUGUAAAAGUAUUUGUACUUCCUGAACUUUUACACAUUUUAUCACAUUAGAACAGCAAACUGCAAUGGGUUUGCUGAGGGAUUCUAAGUAAUAGAUCAACACAAAGUAGUCGAGUAGAAGCAAAAUCAUGUUUUUGUUUUGUUUUUUUUACAAAUACUGUUUUCUAUUACCAUUCCCCAAAACUUUUAUUUUUCACAAACCACAUUUCCAUUUAAUUACACCUGCAACAGUAGUGUUGGAAAAAAUUAGUUUAGCGUUUCUGUAGAUAGCUGGGGAAAUGAUCCAAAUAUGAACUGUAUAUCACACCCAGUUACGAAAUGAUUUCUGAGUCUGGUUUAAGCUUGUAGUUCUGGCUGGUUGCAUAAACUAUAUGUCAUCACUCCAUUGACCUGCGAACCUGGCUUGUCCCUAUGCAAGUCAGUAGAUGCAAGUCUCUGACUGCCUCACUUGCCUCAUCACAUCUGUCUUUUAACAAAACUUGGAGGCUCAGGUGACGCCUUAAUCUUAAUCCCGCGUGGAUUAAAGUGCUGGAAGGUGAACCUCUGCCCCAGUCUCAGGUUUUUUUUUUGUUUUUUUUCAGAAACAAAAAAAAGGUGAACUUUUGGUCUGAUUUGACCAGAGCACCAUCUUUCACAUGUUUUCUGUGUUCCAUACAUUAAUUUUGGCAAACUACUUGUGUCUUUGGGCUUCUUUAAAUAAUGUCUUUAUUUAUUUUCUUACUGCUUUUUGACUUGGUCCAGAUCCUUGGAUUCCACUUCUAAUAGAUUUUCUGUCAACAGAUUUGCCCACCUGAAUGGUGGAUCACAGUCACCACAGGUCUCUUGGCUGCUUCUCUGAUUAAUGGCCUCCAUAUCAGACCUGUUACUCGGUGGAUGGCUUCAAUUUGGUUGCAGUACAGUUUUGCCAUUCUUUGUUCUACUUGUUUUAAACGGUACUUUUUGAAAUUACCAAGACUUCACCAUAAGCUUUCUUAUAACCUAUUUAUGAUGUUCGGGUCUUCAUGACGUUCCAUCAACUUUCACUAGUGAACCUCUAAGGCUAUAAUUUCCCUUCCAACUUGUCUUGGUGUAUCAUGAAAGGUCUCAAUAAAACACCUUAAAUUUGCAUUUACAACAAAAUGUGAAAUAGUUAAAGGGAUAUUAAUACUUUUGCAAGGCACUGUGUAAUCUCACUGCCAGCGUAUAUCACACCACGGUACUAGUGUCUGAAAGCUGCUAAAGCUGCAUGACUUGGCUUGCGAAAAUGGAAAAAUGUUAAACAAAGACUGUUGAGAUGGUUCUUCUGAGUCCUGAGCUUUAUUGCUUUCUGCAGCAAGAACAGCAUAUCAGAUCCCUGUGGACUCUGUGCACUGCUCUGAAGAUUCUGUCUUUUAACAGUUUUCUAUACACACACACAAAAUCACACAAUCCUCAACACACAUUAAAGCACUUUUGAAACCCAUAACCCCUUUGAACAAUCUAUUUUGUCCGGCCUCUCAACACAAAUUAAAGAGUGCAUCAACUCUGUUUUCGCUCUCUGAGCACGUCGUCACGCCGAUGAAAUCACAAUUCACUUAGUUAUCCAACACGUUAAAAGGUCAGCGUGUCAUACUAUUGACUGGUGCAACUUAUUUUUGCAUAGAGAAACGUACACAAUUUCUAUCACACUUGCCUUGUGGUCCAUACUUUGACCCGUCAGUCAUAAAAUAUGCAGGGAGCACUUCAAAUGAUUCUUUUAGAAGAGAUGCAUCCUUCCUGGAUGCAUUAAAAUCAGAGACAGUGGAUCGGAGGCAGUGAUUCAGGAAGCUCUCAGACGCUGAACACAUUCUAGUCUAAAGAAUAAGAGCGUGGGCGCCCUUAAAUAGAUCGCUGUCCAGUCAAUAGCAGGAUGCUGCGGGUGUGGACGGAGGUGUUGGGUGUCACAGCACAGCUGUCCCACCAGAACUGGUUGAGUAACGGCUGACCAUGCCUGAACUACAGAGGUGAUAACUGCAGCAAUACCUGAGCUGAUCCAGUGUGACGCAUUUAUGCGCACACACACACACACUCCUGAGCUUUAUAGGAUUAUUUUUAAAUGUUUUUUUUAAGAGAAGAAAAUUGCAUUGUUUUAAUUGGAUUUUAAGUCUAUGUUAAUAAGAAAUAUUUAAAUCAUGGUUUUUUUUGCUCAAACUCUGAAUAAUCUGGAAUAAUUUUACAAAGGUGGGCAGUAAAUUUGCUGGAUUGACCUGCUGGAGAGAUUCUUAUUGUACCUUUAAGUCCCGUCAAGCAAAGAUGAAAUGCUUAACUGUAACAUGACAGUGGGAGUAAAUAAACUUUCCUUACUGAAUGUUUUAAUUUUUGAAAAUAUGAAAACUUAUAUAUAUAUAUAUAUAUAUAUAUAGUUGAAGCUUUUUUCUUUCUUGCUCAGAUUUUUCCCUCUUUGAUCCUAUUAAUAAGAUGAUGACAACCGUAGUCUCAGUCGUGGUGUUUUCUAGUUACCGUGUGAUCUCUGAUGCACCGUUUUAGACGUGUAACUUUGGGGCUGUUAGAGUAGGACUGUGCUGUGGCCGUAAUUUGUGUAUGUAUGUCUGUAGUUAGUUGUUUAUGUAUGUGUUUUUCUGAAAGUGUGCGAGUGUGUGCUUUGGAGGACGGAUGUGUGUGUGUAUGAGUUACGAGGGCCGUUGAAUGGGACUGGGGCUGUACUUGCAUGGUUUACUGCUGGACAUACCGUACAUUCCGGUACUGUUGUUUUUGUGCCGUAAAGUGCUGUUUUUGACUCCUCUUUGUCAUAUCUGUGACUGUGAAAAUUCUUAGAAAAAUGUGGUAAAGACAGUAUGAAUUUUUGACUUCAAUAUUAAAUGUUAGUGCAAGAAAAAAUAUGGGUAGUUGUACUCGGAUAAAUUUGAGAUUAAAUUAAUCUUUUCAAGUAUUUUCCUGAUUUUUCUUUUUUUUUAAAGGGAUUAAAAGAGCAACCUGCUGGACAUUUCUUUGACAUGAAAAUUAAUUGUCCAGGUUUAGAUCAUUUAGAUGCAUUCAAUACUGCAUUGAUGAAUGGCGACUAUUGUGAAAUCUUUGCUGAAUGCUCCUGUUUUGUAAUUGUGUAGGUUAAAUAUCAAAAAUAUGAAGUAUGUUGAGAACAUACAUAUAUAUAUAAAUAUAUAUACAUGAGAGACAAUCUAUACCAUAAAGAUUAUUUUACUUAAAUUGUGUAUUUAUUUUCUUAUUUAACUUAAAUUCUGCUGGCCAGUUACAGAGCUUUAUUUCAGGGCAAGUGUCCAAAUUAUAUCAGAGAUAAUUUAUUUUAUUUUUACUAUAGAGAUGAUUUCUUUCCAUUUUAGCAAAUUAAAACUCUUCUGUCAUAAGUGUAGAUGGUUUCGUCUACGUGUGUUUAAAUAAUUGUGAUUGAAUGACAACAAAAUUCUUAAAACCUGGAUUGCUGAGCUCUGAAAAUGUUUAAAUUCUGCGAUCAAAGCAUCUCGGAGGUUGUUUAUGAAUUUGUUGCUUUGUUCUCCAAUUACAAAUCUAGUACAACACGAUCAAAAAUAAUAAAUUAUGAUCUUUUGAA